CUUUACGCUCACGAGAGCAAUCUAUACGUUAUAUAAUUUAUGGUAUAUACUUCGUUUACAUUAGUGACAUGCGCAAUGUCUGCAAAUCUGGCGGCAAUUAGUGUGUGGUGUGUUAUGUGUAUACGCCAUACGGAAGAUAUUUGAUCUUGUGUUGGAUUUAAUUGUUAUAAACUGCGACAGAGAUUAAUUUUUGUAAAUAUGGGUAUCACCGGGUUGCUACCAUUCCUAGAGAAAUCUUCUAGAAGGACAAAUAUCAAAGAAUUUUCUGGUGGUACUGUUGCAAUCGAUUCUUAUUGUUGGUUACACAAAGGUGUAUUUUCCUGUGCUGAGAAAUUAAUGAUGGGACAAACAACGAACGCGUAUGUUUUAUAUUGUAUGAAGUAUAUAAACAUGCUUUUAAAAUAUAAGAUAAAACCCAUCUUGGUGUUUGAUGGCCGACGAUUGCCUGCUAAAGAGCAAACAGAAAUCAAGAGACGGGAGUACGUAUAAAGAGACCUGUUUAAAUAUCGUGAAUUUGAAAAAUCAAGUCGGGAUUAUUCUAUUUGAAAACUGCUUCAAAUUCAAUAAAAAUUGAUACAGGAUUGCUACAAAUUCUGAAAUAAAUCUAUAGGCCUGUUCAUUUCCCCUGC